AUGGCGGUAACUACGAAAUCCCAUAUGAAAUUUGAUGAUAUCGAUGAAGACCUGAGUAUGCCAUCUAAGCCCAUGAGCGAAACUACAAAAAGCACUGAUAAAUAUGCUGUUAGUGAUAGUGAUGAUAGUGAUAUGGAUGAAGAUGCGCCUGAAGAAGGAGCUAUGGAUGAAUCAAAAGAAUCUGUCGAUCAAUUUAUGAAAAUGGCAGAAGAUGCCAGGAGAUUAGAAGAGGUGAUGUUGAAAGAAAAAAGAAGAAAUCAGAACAAAAUAUUUAGCAAACAACAACAAGAUAGGAGAGAAAGAAAAGGUGAUACUUUAGAUUCUGCCAAUACUGAAGCUACCAAGCAACUUGAACAGCUUCCAGAAGACUUCUUUGAUAAAUUAGAAGCAGCAGAAUCGAAUAUUGAAACAAUAACUGAAAUUCCAAAACAUAUCAACUUCAAUAGUAUAGAACAUGAUGAUAAAUAUGUUUCAGAAGUUAAGGAACAGAUAAAGAAGAAGAAAAAGAAAACGUUAAGAAAAUUGAGAGCAGUGUCGACAAAAAAAGGACCUGUCACUGUGUCGUUAUUAUCUGCUAUAGGUAAUAGCUCAACCAUGGCUCCAAAAAAAGAAGUACAAGUAAUGUCUACUAGAGACAGAUGGUUGAAAAGAAAAUCAGUUAAUAGGUUAAAAUAA